CUUCAGAGAGAGAGAGAGAGAGAUGGAGACAUUGGAGAGGCGAGCGAAGGGGAGGAAGGCCGGCGGCGAGCUGGAGGCGGUGCUGCGGAAGUCCUGGUACCGGCUACGGUUGUCGGUGCGGCAUCCGGCCAGGGCUCCAACGUGGGAUGCUAUCGUGCUCACGGCUGCCAGCCCCGAGCAGGCCGAGCUCUACACCUGGCAGCUGCGCCGGGCGCAGCGCAUCGGACGGAUCGCCGCUUCGACUGUUACCCUCGCCGUCCCUGACCCCGACGGCGCCCGCAUCGGGUCAGGCGCUGCUACUCUUCAUGCUAUCUCUGCCCUUGCCGACCAUUUUGUCCGCCUUGGCCUUGUCCCUGAGGUUGCAGAUGAUGAUACGGCAAAUGGAUCUUCUGUGGUCAAUGGCCGGUCCAACAGUGUUCUUUGCCCAUUGAUGUUGAAUUUUAUGGCCAAAAAACAUAUAUUGUUGCUUCAUGCUGGAGGUGACUCUAAGAGGGUUCCAUGGGCAAACCCAAUGGGGAAAGUUUUCUUGCCAUUGCCAUAUUUGGCAACAGAUAACCCUGAUGGGCCUGUUCCAUUGCUCUUUGACCAUAUACUUGCUAUUUCUUCUAGUGCAAGGCAAGCUUUUAAGGAUGAAGGUGGGCUCUUCAUUAUGACCGGAGAUGUACUUCCUUGUUUUGAUGCAUCCACGUUGAGCCUUCCAGAUGAUGCCUGCUGCAUUAUCACAGUCCCAAUCACCCUGGAUAUAGCUUCUAACCAUGGUGUAGUGGUGGCAUCAAAAGAUGGAGUGCUGGAAGAAAACUACUCCCUCUGUUUGGUUGAAGAUCUACUGCAGAAACCAACAGUGGAAGAGCUUGUUCAGAAGCAUGCUGUUAGACAUGACGGUCGAGCAUUGCUUGAUACAGGGAUAAUAGCGGUUAAGGGCAAGGCAUGGCUGGAUCUUAUUAUGCUUGCAUAUUCUUCAAGUAGAGCAAUGGUACUGGAGCUUUUGAAAGCUAGAAAAGAGAUGAGUUUAUAUGAGGAUCUGGUUGCAGCAUGGGUUCCUGCCAAGCAUGAAUGGUUAAACUCACGUCCUUUAGGAAAAGAACUCAUCAAAGCCUUGGGGAGCCGGAAGAUGUUCAGCUACUGUGCCUAUGACUUGUCAUUCUUACAUUUUGGGACAUCCAAUGAAGUUUUGGACCACUUAAGUGGUUCAGAUUUUGGACUUGUUGGUCGAAGGCACUUGUGUUCCAUUGCAGAUACCACUGUCUGUGACAUUGCUGCAUCUGCUGUCAUUCUUUCUAGCAAAGUUUCACCUGGUGUUUCAGUUGGGGAGGAUUCUCUGGUUUAUGAUUCAUCACUUUCAGGUAGAAUACAGAUGGGUUCUCAUUGUAUUGUUGUUGGGGUAAAUAUUACACAAAAAAAUGCGUCACAAUCAUCGGAAGAUUCAUUUCGGUUUAUUUUACCUGAUCGGCAUUGUGUUUGGGAAGUUCCCCUGGUAGGUCACUCUGGGAGAAUAUUUAUUUACUGUGGGCUUCAUGAUAACCCUAAAAGUCCGCUUGGGGAUAAUGGAACAUUUUGUGGGAAACCAUGGAGGCAAGUCUUGCACGAUUUGAAUAUACAGCCAAGAGAAUUAUGGAGUUCCUCGUCUGCAAAAGACAUGUGCCUUUGGAAUGCCAAGUUAUAUCCUAUACUUCCUCCUUCUGAUAUGCUUAGCAUAGGCAUGUGGCUUAUGGGCUCAUCUAGUCUAAAUAGUGAACAAAUGCUUUCCUUGUGGAGAAGUUCUCAACGUUUUAGUUUGGAGGAGCUGCACCGGUCAAUUGACUUCCCCCGGCUUUGCAUGCAUUCUACUAACCAUCAAGCAGAACUAGCUGCUGGAAUUGCUAAAGCUUGCAUCACUUAUGGUUUGCUAGGUAGAGACCUGUCUCAAUUGUGUGAAGAGAUUUUGCAAAAUAACGUCUCAGGAUUGAAAACUUGUGAGGAGUUCCUCGAACUCUGUCCUAGUCUGGAGGCUCUGAAUCGUGGGGUUCUUCCUCAAAGCAGAGCAUACCAGGUGCAAGUGGAUCUACUUAGGGCUUGUGGGGAUGACUCAGCUGCGUGCUCACUGGAGCAGAAGGUAUGGACAGCAGUUGCUAGCGAGACAGCAUCAGCAGUAAAAGAUGGAAUUGCAGAUCAGUUCUCUUCCUCUUCUUUUGGAGUGAACCAUUCAUCAAGUGAUAAGAGUGAAAUUGAUGGACUCACAUUCCAGGCCAGAAGAGUGAAGGUAGAAUUACCAGUUCGGGUUGAUUUUGUUGGAGGUUGGAGUGAUACACCACCUUGGAGUCUGGAGCGUCCUGGGUGUGUUCUGAAUAUGGCAGUACGUUUGGAGAAUUCUCUGCCAGUUGGAAUUGAGAUAAACACAACAGAAAGUCAUGGUGUUCUGAUUGUAGAUGAUGCUGAAAAUAGUGUAUAUAUUCAACACCCCAAAUCAAUGAUAGGACCGUUUGAUGAAGAUGAUCGAUUUAGACUUGUUAAAUCUGCACUUCUUGUGACAGGCAUUAUCCAUAAUAAUCUGUUAAAAGAUUCAGGCCUGCAAAUCAGGACAUGGGCGAAUGUUCCCCGAGGUAGUGGACUUGGAACAUCAAGUAUAUUGGCUGCUGCUGUUGUAAAGGGACUUCUGCAUCUCAUGGAAGAAGAUGAAAGCAAUGAGAAUGUUGCUAGAAUUGUUUUGGUGCUUGAACAGGUAAUGGGUACUGGAGGAGGUUGGCAAGACCAAAUUGGAGGCCUUUAUCCUGGCAUUAAAUAUACUUCCAGUUUUCCAGGUCAACCGCUACGGUUACAGGUCACUCCCCUUGUAGCUUCUCCUCAGCUAGUGCAGGAGCUGGAGCAACGGUUGCUUGUUGUGUUUACUGGUCAAGUCCGGCUUGCGAACCAAGUUUUGCAGAAGGUGGUAAUUCGAUAUCUCCGCCGAGAUAACUUGCUUAUAUCCAGCAUCAAGCGUCUUGCCGCACUGGCAAGGAUCGGAAGAGAAGCAUUAAUGAAUGGCGACAUUGAUGAACUGGGAGAAAUCAUGCUUGAGGCCUGGAGGUUACAUCAGGAGCUGGACCCUUACUGCAGCAACGAGUUUGUCGACAAACUCUUCACAUUUGCCGAACCUUACUGCUGUGGCUACAAGUUGGUAGGUGCAGGUGGAGGAGGUUUUGCAUUGCUGCUUGCAAAAGACUUUCAUUCUGCAAAAGAACUAAAAAAAAAUCUCGAAGAAGCUUCAGAACUCGACGUAAAAGUAUAUAAUUGGAGCAUAUUUUUCGGCUAGUCCCGCAUGUCAUAUUUGUUUGUUUGCACAGUAUUCCGUAUUAUUUUUAGGAUUGAAUUUCACAAGUAAAUGGUAUUUUGGGAGAUUUAACUUCUCACUCAGUGUUUAUAUGUUCUUGUACCUGCUACAAAUGCAACUUGCUUGGGCUGUA